CGAGGUGGGUUGGUACAUGCAAGCGGAGGAUUUUGCAUAAUCAAAUCGAAUUUUUGUUUCUUAAUUUUUGUUUUUUUAGGUUUAGAAUUUCGAAGCAGAUUGACUCGACGAAAUGGUGAUCAUAUCGCAGGAUAUGAUACAGCAAUUCCAGAAUUUGAUGGAAGCAAUUGACGAGCCACUCAAGAAUUCAUUCGAGAAUCUGCAUCAAGGAUAUCCACAUGAGACUCUGGUCCGAUUUCUCAAAGCAAGAGAUGGAAAUGUCCCUAAGGCACACAAAAUGCUGGUUGAUUGCUUAAAUUGGAGGAUCCAGAAUGAGAUCGAUGAUAUAUUGGCGAAACCAAUCGUUCCUGCCGAAUUUUAUAGAGAAGUCCGUGAUUCACAGCUUAUAGGAAUGUCAGGUUACACAAAAGAGGGGCGACCUGUUAUUGCUGUUGGUGUAGGGCUCAGCACAUACGAAAAAGCAUCUAUUCAUUACUAUGUUCAAUCGCACAUCCAGAUAAACGAAUAUAGAGACCGGAUAGUAUUGCCAGCUGCUACAAAAAAGUUUGAGCGACAUAUUAGCACAUGCGUCAAGGUUCUCGAUAUGACUGGGCUUAAAAUUGCACAACUCAGUCAGCUUAAGCUAUUGACUGUUAUAUCUAGCAUUGAUGACUUAAACUAUCCAGAAAAGACUGACAACUACUACAUUGUCAAUGCUCCAUACAUAUUUUCAGCGUGUUGGAAGGUUGUGAGGCCUCUUCUGCAAGAAAGAACAAGGAAGAAAAUUCAGGUGCUUUCAGGUUGCGGAAAAGACGAUUUGUUGAAGAUAAUGGAUUACGCUUCUCUACCCCAUUUUGUUAGAAGAGAAGGCAGCGGAUCAUCUCGAUACUCUGGAUGUAGCAGCAAUGGCGAAGACGAUUGCUUCUCCUUGGACCAUGGGUUCCACCAAGAGCUCUAUAAGUAUAUCAACCAGCAAGCCGAGGCCAUGGAGUUGCCAGCCCCGAUCAAACACAGGUCGUUUCACGUGCAAUUCCCAGAACCCGAUCAGGAUGAUCGUAAGAUUGCACAAACUAUAGAAUCGGAAUGCCAAAAGCUGAACGAUCAGAACGGGAUGGCUAAUAAACUAGACGAUCUUACGAUAAAGGACGACGGAGAAAGGAAAUCAAAAGCUUAAUAAUAUAUAUAUAACUUAAUGUCUCUAUAAUUAGAUUGGAGAUUUGGUUUAACAACUUGUGGAUUGCAGAAGACAAAAGCUUUUAAGUUUAUGUUGUAACUUUAAACUGGUUUCAUGAGGGUGAAGUGUAAACCUUUUAUGGCUUUCACUUAUCA